AUGGAAGGGCGGGCUGGUCACACUCAUCCUGCUCCAAACUCUCUCUUCUUUUCUUCAGGAUGCACAGUACAGGCCUACGGUGACCUUGAAGAUGAAAUCUCCUACUUGUAUCCAGAUGAAGAAGAGCUUUCUGAAGAGGAAGACCAAGCCAGUCACUGCACAGAUACCUACUAUGACCGGAUAGCCGUGCAUUGCUGGCCCAAGUUUCACGCCGCCAUCAUGGCUACAGCUGAGAAUAAAAGAUGCCUCUGGAAAACAAUUGGCAGCAUGUAUGGAGAACUCGCUGUCUGUACUGGACUGCUGACCGAAAGUAUGGGCUGCCCUGUGUCCAGCCCCACCUUGGACGCCUUCUUUGUGAGAAUCCACGCCGAGUACUUUGCCAACUGCUCCCUGCCCACCAAUACCACGGACCUCCAGCCAUCUACAGGAGUAGUCAUAGUCUUGGCUUCCCUGCCUGUCUGCCUGGUGCCUCUCUCCGUUGCACUCGCUGUCUGCAAAGCAUGA